CAUUCACUAUGAGCUCAUCACAGUCCACGCACACAGCGACACACAGCCUGAAAUCCGUCUCUCCUUGCCAUUCCUGUUUUCUCUUUCAACAAGAAGGGGACAAAUCAGCGGUGGUUCUCUCCGUUUCACCUUUCCGCGAGGAUGCAUCAACACGGCAACGGGCACCGGGAGGGCAACUGGAGACGCGCGUAUAUAACUGUUUGCAGAUGCACUUUAUAUUUAUUUUUGGUGUUAAGUCUGGAGUGGAGCACCGCGCACUCGGCACAUACAGAUGGAUCAGACACUUUUGCGUUUUUCCAUGAGGGGGCUCUGGGCUGCUUGGGGGUACGAGAUCACAUGCUCUACCUCUUUCCUUCCUGCACGGGUGAUGCCCAGCUUUGGAAAUGGGUCUCCAGAGGACGGCUCUUCAACAUUGGCUCCUCCCUCUGCCUGGGGAUCACCGUUGGCAACGUGAGUUCAUUGGUUGACAAAUCUCCACUGGGCAUGUUUCGGUGUGACUAUGAGCCUCCACGGGUCCGCUGGACCUGGAGCUGCAGCAAGUUCUUGGAGAUGCUUGACACCUACUUGCCUACUCCUAAAUUACUCCUCAACAGUGGCAAUGUCUCGGUCACCACCUCCCCACCUGCAAGACCACCCCCUGAAAAGUUAAUGUGGCGAGUCUAUGAUGAUAAUCAGGACCUUUGUGCCAAGUCUUACCAAGCAAUCUAUACCAUCCAAGGCAACUCUCAUGGCAGUCCCUGUUACUUUCCCUUCCUGUAUGAUGGCCAGUGGUUCCACAGCUGCACCAGUGUGGGCAGGGAGGAUGGCUUUUUCUGGUGUGCCAUAACCCAUGAUUAUGGGAAGGACCAACGCUGGGGCUUCUGCCCAGUGAAGAGUUCUGACUGUGAGACAUUCUGGGACAUAAACCCUUUGAUGGAUAACUGUUACCAGUUUAACUUCCAGGCCACACUGUCCUGGAGGGAGGCACAAACGAGUUGCCAGCAGCAGGGAGCAGACCUGCUCAGCAUCACUAAAUUAGAGGAACAAAUCUAUAUCAACGGCUUGCUUAGUGGGUACAGUUCCACCAUGUGGAUGGGUUUGAAUGAUGUAGACCUCAAUGGUGGCUGGCAGUGGGCUGACUCCGCCCCUUUCAAAUACCUAAACUGGGAUGCAGACAUGCCAAGCUAUGACGAGGAGGAGAACUGUGGAGUGAUCAGCUCUGAUGCUCAGGGUCGCUGGCACAACCGAGACUGUUCAGUGGCUUUGCCCUACAUCUGCAAGAAACGACCCAACGCAACUCUUGACCCCUUCACCACAGACUCCUGGGCAGAUGAUGGCCGGUACCAGUGUGAUGUGGGCUGGCAGAACUUCCAGGUGGGCUGCUAUAGGCUGAACUCAGAAAACCUGGACUGGAACUCCGCCCACAAAAAGUGUCAGAAGAUGGAGGCUAACCUUGUUAGCAUACACACCCUACCAGAGCUUGAAUUUAUUACUAAGAAUAUGAAGAGAGAUAUAGAAGAGUUGUGGAUUGGUCUGCAUGAUACAGCUAUGCAGAUGAACUUUGAAUGGACAGAUCGAACUCCAGUCAUCUUCACCUACUGGCACCCAUUUGAACCCAACAACUUUCGAAACGUCAAUGAGGAUUGCGUCACCAUCUGGGGUCCUGAGGGCCGCUGGAAUGAUAGUCCAUGUAAUUACUCUCUGCCUUCCAUCUGUAAGAAAGCUGCACAGAAAGCUGAUGACCGUGUACAGGACCAUGGCUGCAAACAGGGCUGGAGAUGGCACAGUCCUAACUGUUUCAAUGUUGGGGAAGAAUCGUUAACCUUUAAUGAUGCAAAAGGAAUGUGUGCUAGCGACAAUGCUACACUCGUCAUUAUUAAAAACAGAUUUGAGCAGGCCUUUGUGAGCAGUCUGGUGUUUGGACGUUCUGAUGAUCAGUUCUGGCUCGGCCUGUAUAAUGAGAACAGCACUGGCCCGUUCCACUGGAUCACAAGAGAGGAGCUCACAUACACUAACUGGAACAGAGACGAGCCAGCGCAGGUAAAUGGAGGCUGUGUGGUGAUGGUGGCGGGUCAGGCGAUGGGCCUGUGGGAAGUGAAAGACUGUGCCAGUGUUCACUCAAAAUACAUUUGCAAACAGAACCUGGACUCCUCUUUCAUCCCCAGCCCUCCUGUUCCUCAGCCUACACCCUCCCUGACGGGCGCUUGCCCUUCUGGAUGGAAAAGCACUAACACACUCCGCCAUUGCUACAAGGUCUUUCAUGCAGGUGCUUUGGAUAAGAGGUUGACUUGGAUUCAAGCUCACAAGUUCUGCCAAAAGCACGGAGCUCAGCUCGCCAGCUUCAGCACGCUGGAGGAAGAGGCCUUUGUUUUCCAGAUUCUCCACGAGGCCUUUGGGAAGGCGGAGGAUCACGAGCAACAUUGGCUAUGGAUUGGAAUUUCCCGCCGGAACAGUGAAAGUUGGACAUGGAGUGAUGGAUCAGCUGUGACCUAUCAGAACUUUGGCAGGGGGAAUUAUGGCUCUGCUGAGUGUGGAGCAGCUAACAUGGCUGAUACCAACUGGCUGGUUUCACAUUGCGACUCUGAGCUUGACUGGAUCUGCAAAAUACCAAAAGGGAAGGUGGAAGAGGAACCUGAGAGCCAUGAAGACACUGGAUUAGAGUGGGUUGACUUUGAGGAAGCUCAGUAUAAACUGUUUGAGCACCGCUCCACAUGGGACCAGGCUCAGAGGAUCUGCUCCUGGUUUGAUGCCUCCCUGGUCUCAAUGCACUCUCCCAAAGAGAAUCAGUUUUUGGUUGGCAUUUUACGUAAGAUGUCCCGCAAAGAAAAUGACCUGUGGUGGGUGGGGCUACACACUUUUAAGAGCGAUGGGAGAUUUAGAUGGUCUGAUCACUCGGUGCUCAACUAUGUGUCCUGGGGACUCGGACUGCCUCGACCAAACAGCAAAGAGCCCAAAUGUGUCCAAAUCUCAGCCUCCAAAGGUGAGUGGUCAGAUCAGAGGUGUCAUGUCGAUCUUCCAUACGUGUGUAAGAGGGUAAAUGUGACAGGUACCACCCCUCCGACACCUUCUCCUCCUCUCAAACCCGCUGGCUGCCCCCAGGGCUGGAGCCCUUUCCUACAUAAGUGUUACAAGGUGUUUGGGGAGGAGGUGUCACGUCGUAGUACAUGGGAUGCUGCUUCUAAGACAUGCCUGACACAAAGAGCCACAUUAGUGGCAGUGCCAAAUCAUAUAGUGCAGGCAUUCCUUGUAACUCUACUACCUAAUAGUAGUUUUCAUGUGUGGGUGGGGCUAACCUCAGAAUCACAGGCUCAGUUCAGGUGGUUUGAAACCGGAUUGCUGAGCUACACUAACUGGGCCCCUGGAGAACCAGUGAACAACAGACAUAAUAAAAGCCCGGGUAACUGUGUAGUACUCCUCCAUGGUAGUCCUCACCGGAAGAUGGGCAUGUGGGCAUCUCGAAAGUGUGAUGCUGAGAAACAUGGCUUCAUCUGCAUGAAGGACAAAGACCCUGGCUUCCCCCCUGGCACAGACACUCUCCCCCCAGUGUUAGACGGCCCAUUAGAAUUUGAUGGCAUCCAGUACCGGAUUCUGCAGAAGCGGCUUGAUUGGCAUUCAGCUUUGCAAGUUUGUGAAUCCGUAAAUGGAACUCUUGCUGCAGUACGGGACCCUCGACAGCAAGCCUACCUCACUCUCCUCCUCAACACACUCCGCAAACCUGCCUGGAUUGCAUUACACAAUGAUGGGGGGCGGAGCUACACAUGGUUGGGUGAGGAAGAGAUCACUUUUACUGACUGGCAGGAUGGAGAGCCCAAUUACAUGUAUGGAUGUGGUCACAUGACCAUUGAGGGCCAGUGGUCUGUGGCUGCUUGUAAUUCAAAAUUAAACGCAGCCAUCUGUGAAAAUAAUACAGAGAGAAUGAUAGACCACAGAUGGAUUUAUCCAGGCUUUUGCCCACAGCCUGUAGGUAAUUGGUCCUGGAUUCCUUUUAGAAAUCACUGCUACUCAUUCAUCCUUCAUGAGCUGCAAUUUAAACAUGAGGCCAUACGUACCUGUAGCAAAGUGGGAGCAAAGCUGGUGUCAAUAUUAGAUGAAAACGAGAAUGGUUUUGUGUGGGAACACAUGCAGAGUUUUCAAGAGCAGGCCCAUGGCGCUUGGCUUGGAAUGAUCUUUAACUCCAAAGAAGGCAAUCUGGAGUGGCCUGACCGUGAGGUGGUGGACUAUAGUAACUGGGAGCAGCAGGAUGCAAACCUGAGUAUGCUCUAUGCCAACAGCUGCUUCUGGGUUCAGAGCAACACAGGCCUCUGGAGGCCUGGCUCCUGCAGAAAUCGCACACAUGGUGUCAUCUGUAAGCGGCCACGAGCAGGACCCACAGCAGAUCCUGUCAUCCACUCUGAGGUCGACCAUUUCCAUGUAUUAAUUCAGGUCCUUGUUGCAGCACUUAUUUUGAUUGCUCUGGUGGUGGGCGGGAUCUAUCUGUAUCGCAGGCGGAGCUUUGGCUCCACAGGUUCCUUUGAGAGUGCACGGUACAGCCGCACUAGCUCCGCCCCCUCAGAAGAAAUGGAAAAAAACAUUCUUGUUUCAGACAUGGAGUUGAAUGAACAGGCAGAAUAAUGCUGGAUGUGUUUGAACUUAUUUGGAACACCUAGGAAAACAAAUCUGCCAAGGCAGCAACUGACUGAGAGGAUUUACAUUAAGGAAAAUAAUUCUGUUGUUGGUUUUGUUUUUACUUUUUUUUGAGACAUUGAUUGAGCUGUGUAGAGCGCAGCAAUUGGCCAAUCAGAAUGAAUAGAGGCAAACUCUUUUAUCCCAAAGUACAUCCAUUCAGUAUGGACAGACCAAAUCACAUCUAAGCCUUUGUCAACCAAUCAAAUUCCACCAUUCAAGAGGAACUGUAUGGAUUGGAUGAUAUGUUAGAGAUGCAAACAUAAUUGCAGUUAUUUUUGGUUUGUUUUGUCUUUAUCUGUUUGGAGAAAUGGAAUUUGUAAUCAUAUGUUUUCAUGUUGUUUAUGACGUACAAUAGUUAUGCUUCAGUGCCAAAAGGGAACAAACUUCCCCCCCAAAAAAAUCAAAUUUACUUGAACUUCCAGAGUCAAGAGCACACAAUCACACACAUAUAUGUCUUAAUUGGGACAUGCAGCAGACAUAUUUUGUUUAUAGACUAUAAAUUUAAUUAAAAUUACUAUAAACUUCCAAAUGAGGACGUUCCCAAAUUAUGCCAAUGGAAGGUCCCCCAAACUAUAGCUACAUACUUUUAACAAAAGAUAACGCCACAACAGUGUUUUUUUUACAUACUGUGACUUUCAAAGUUAUUUGUUGUGACAAUUUUUAUUUGUAUUUUUUGUAAAUGUGUGCAGCUAAUUUGCAAUGUUCUCUAGGUCAGAAUCCAGGUCCCUCACAAAGCUGUCUGAAAUUAUGACAGAUCAAACAAAACUAUGGCACGUUUGAAUAGAAAAGAAAGAAAGAAAGAAGCAAGCAAGCUUAGGACAGAAAUAGAUAGAUGAAAGGGCAUAUGAAUGAGCCUGUCAAAAGCACGACAGUAUUUCUGUCUUUAAUCACAUGGUGAACGCAGCUCUACCCAAUGGGAAGUCUGAAUUCAUUGUAACUGAUUGGUCUGAGCCGUAAUAAUGGGCUCACGUAUAAUCUGCAACAAAUCAUAUAUCCAAGGAUCUUUCCAUUUUUCAUCUUGUUCUACCAUCUCUUCUUUCUCUCAUUCUUUCCAGUUCUUAACUUUCACUUUUUUCUUGCCCAUCUUUUUUUCCACUUUUGAAACGGUGUCGUGGCCAGCUGUGGAAUGUCGACUCAAGAGAGAGAGAGAGAGAGAGAGAAUGGUGAAAGGAUUGAAUGGGGUUUUGAAAAUAUAAGAGAGGGACACAUGGGGCUUGGAAAAGAAAAUGAUUUGAGAUAUACAGGAGUUACAGGAAGUGCUGGUGACUGAAAGGAGUUUACUUUACUGCUCCCUGCUGGAUAUUUGCACAAAUAACUUUUCUAUGAUAAUUUCUGACUUGAAAUCAAGUCCAAAAAUUCCAAAUGUAUUGGUCCUAUAUUGGUCACAAUGUUUCUGAAAGCAACCCUCCUGUUGUUGGCCCAUUGAUUACUGUUAUUACACUGUUUGUAGGUUGAAUUUUCAUGCUUUUAAGAAACAAUAUACAGCCUGAGCCUCUGCAUUUGGAUGGCCAUUAGUUUUAGUGCAGCAAUAAAUUACAAUACACAUUUCCAUUUUCUGAAGACUUCAAUGGUAUUUGCCUGUGUAAAAGUUGCUGCAAUGAUGCUGGGGUGUUGUUGAUGGUUGCCUAGGUAUUUUGAGUGUUUUAGUGCAUUGCUAUGGGGUUGCUGAGGUGUUCUGAGUAGUUGUUAUGUGCUUGCUUACUGGCCUAAGUCAAAAGAGCCCACUCCCAAGUCUCUAUGAUAUUCUGGUUUGGAUAUAGCUCAGGUCCCUCCUUCAAUGUAAUCCUAUGAUGCUCAUUUUAUCAUUAUAAGCCUGGUCACUUAGAAAAUUAAUAGCACAACACUAUGCAAAAAGCUGCAUUCAAAAAGCCCUAUGAGCAGUAAUAAUAGUAAUGCUUACCUCAGCAAACACCACAAAUAAUGAUGCUUGCCUCAGCAAUUAAUCAGAAACCAGUGCUUCUACAUAUCAACGCUGACUUUACUCAUAUCAGCUGCAAGAUUUUGUUAUUUUGAGGGCAUAUGUGGCACCAAUUCAGCACUUAUAGGCUGUUCUUUACACUUUGAACUUUUUGCUCACUGUAGAAUUUUUAUUUUUUUGCUUAGCAUUGCAGUUAUAACCAUAACCAUGACCUUUAAUAUCAUUGUAAGCUGGUGUAGACAUGACUAUGCAUUUAAUGUAAGCAGGAACACUUCAUUCACAUGUGCCAAAGGUAUUUUACACAUCAUUUGAAUGACAUCACACUGAGAUCAGUCAGUUGCUUCUUCAUAUUAAAAUAUUAUGUGGCUAAUGACCAGAGAAGGAAUUUGAUGUCAUGCACUGCGAUCAUCUGAUCAUGCAUAAAUCAUUCAAACAUUUUUUUUGUUCCGAUUGAAUUAGCCCUGAACGUGAAAUGAACAGGUAUCCGGGAACACUUUUUGUUUGGAAGAAGGAAAUGAAUCAUCUUCAGUCCCUGUGAAGACAAUGCAACAUUUUUAUCUUUAUCUAUGUCUGUUUUGAAUCAUUUGUUUAAUGAAUUUGUAUAGAAAAUGAAUAAAGAAUAUGUUUGCUAUGUGACUGCUGGAAAAAUAUUUGUCUUGACAGUAAUCAAGAAAGUUUUAAUUUUUUCCAUAUAAAGGUGACAAAUGAAACAUUGCAUUUGUUUUAAAGAUCACUUGGAGCUGGAGUGAAGAAAAAAUAAAUAAAUAAUCAC